AUGACAUCCACCUAUAUAACGGAAAUUAGGAAGAAGCAGAAGGACUAUCUAAGUUGCCUAUUCAGCAAAUUUGAAAAAUAUUCCAAUGAGAAGGUGCUAACAAAUUUGAUAAACAAAUCGUUAAAUGAAAUUGCUCUGUACCCCUUCCAAGAUGUUAGCGACAACGAAGUCAUAGAUGAUGUGAACGGGUACAUAAACGAGCUAACAAUUAAUGCUGAAUAUAAGAGGAAAAAAAUAUUCAAACAUUUGUGCGAAAUUUUCCUAAAUGACAAUUUUUAUAUAUAUGAUAAAAAUGACAGGUACGAAUUGAAGUUCGUCAUUUUAAAAUUAUUAUUUCUAAUUGGAGAAAGCAAAACAAGUGAGAAUACACAAUACAUUGACCAUCUAUAUGGUAAAUAUUUUUACAAGAAAGAAGAAGGAGAAGAAGAACUGACCCCCCCUUUGAACAUAAAUGAACAAAAUGCUCUCGAUGACAUACAUAACUUUAACAUUCUAGAGGAGACCAAAUAUCUUAAAGAGCUAUACAACACGGACGAUGAGAUUACGAGAUUGUCAUCCCUCUCGGGAGAAGAGGACAUACAAAUUGGCGAUCUUGAAAGAGAUGAGUCCCUAGAGUAUGGCUAUCCAAGCGAUAUACACAACCAGCUAGCUAAUUAUCAGAAACAGCAAAGCAACCACAGUGGCGCAGAACCAAAUAGUAACCACUUUCACGAAACGCAGUACGCCCAAUAUGUAGACAGCUAUAUGAAAAACAAGAAUGAUUUAACAUAUGAAAAUGUCGUCAAAAAAAUAUCGCAGUGUGUUUAUGAAUAUCCUCAUUAUGAAGAUGUGGGGGGUCAGUGGAGACACCCUGCGAGGAGUUCCUUCCAGAGUAGUCAAUCUGUUGGUUGCCUUGACAAUGUGUUGUCGUACGAUAAUGUGGAGGAACAUGUACAUAAUGCUAAUGUAGGUACUAGUGCGGGAAGGAGUUACUCACGUCGCCGAAUUAGCACUCGUAGCUCAAGCACAACAUCCGAUGAAGACAUACUUGCUAGUUUAAAAAUGAGGAAAAACAAAAGCAAAGAUGCAUCCCUCCCACACAGACCAAGAGAACAAUACUUUUUUAAUAACAUAAACCUUUUCUAUGAGGAAUAUCAUGAGAGUGAAGGGAACGACGCGAGCAUUAUAUACGAGACGGAAAUUUACAACUUGCACAACGUGUUCCCCAGUGAUACGGGACAGGAAGGGAACGAAGAGGAACCUGGAGAGAUAACCGGUAGGACAAGUCACCCAGGUGGUAACGCAUUGGAUGAUAACUCAUCGGGAUAUAUUUACACACAGUGGAGAGAUUCUUCUCGUUAUGCGCACAGAUCGAAUGAGGAGGGACCCGCACAAACGGAUGGUCCACAACAUGGCUGCAACAUCGUCCUUGCCGAUAAAGGGAAUAUUAUAAAGACUGGAACAGCCACCAAGGGAAGGAAAAAUAAAAGGAAAGGCACAUUUUACGUAAGCGAAAUAUUUAUCAUCAAAGAAAUUUUGAUGAUACUUUCCCUAAAUUGCCCCAUAAAAUUUAAGGAAGACUUUUUUACGAACUUUUCUGAUUUUUUAUUUAACCACGUAAUGGACAAAAACAAAAUAAAAGAGGAUUUUUUAUUUUACAUAAAUAUAGAAAGGCGUGAAAAAGGCGAGGGAAGUGCCCCACAUGGAAGCGUAACGCAAUACCGAGCAAUCAUCAGCCAAAUGAUGAACGUCAAACAGGACAUUUUUAAUCACAUCAUAUAUAUAAGAGAGCAUCUCAGCCAUGAUGAGGGGAAGAACAGUUUGUCUCGUCUCUUCGAACAGUUGAGUUUGACUGGCAGCAAAGGCAGAGGGAGCAACAAUCUGGGCAGCAGCAGCAGCAGCAGCAAUGUGUACUACCCGGGUAACUUCCUCGAGUGCUUCAUUGACUCCCUAAAAUGUAUUUAUUCCGAAUGGAUUUGCAUAAUAGAAAUUUUGUACAACUAUCACAUCUUGCUGGUUAUGAAACAGUACAACAUUGUGCUCGUUAGGGACGAACAAAUUUUGGACGUCCUAAACAGGAUGGACCGAAUACGCGUUAUGGAUUACCUGCGGGUCGACCAUUUUGUGAAUUGGAAGCAUCGCAAAAGGGGAAGGCAGCCACACAGGAAGGUACACGCGCGUGGGGAUAUAACCCCAUUCGAGGAGCUCCACACACAUGAGGAAAAAAAAGCAAAUGCCUCCUUCCACCCACGCAAAAACAGAUGGGAUAAUGCAAGGAGACUACUGGACGAGGAAAAAAUUGCAAACUUCAGAUCGCUCAGCCUUAUCCACUUGCAGGUUAUAAUGAGUAAAUACCUCUACGUGUGGAACAAUCUCUACGACUAUGUCGACUUUAUGUUGUCCUACCUACUUUAUAACAUCGGUGUGGACGACUAUACCCAUUUUAAUGCCCUAUAUGACAACGCCAAAAAGUUCUGCAUCUGCUACGACAUGACAGUACUGUACUGGAGAAAUUGCCAAAUUGUAAAUAACAAAUCGCUGGAAAAAAUUUUCCGCUUCCUUCUAAAUGGACUGAAUGUGUAUUACUCGAAACAUAUAAGCAGUUGGAUUAAGAAGGGAAAAAUUGACGAUACCUUUAAUGAAUUUUUUGUGUACUCGCAGGAUAGGGGGGAUGAAGGGCCAUUUGCCAGUCACAUGCUGUUUAUAAAAAAGCAGGGCGAAUUUGUUUUGUGCCCAGAAUUUUUUAACUCCUUUGUUUUUUUCCUAAUAAGCCUCGGAAAUAACAUUCGCUUGUAUAUGAAAAUUAGUCACGAGAAGGAGGUAGACUACGUCGAUUAUUAUUUGAAGGGGGGCGGGGAGCCCCGUAGGCUGAAGCGCCCCUCGAGUGGGGAUUAUCAGGUUGGCCUCGGCGAAGUAGGCUCUGCUAACGAGUGCAGCGGAGGGUGCGACGACGAGUACAGUGAUGAGAUCGAUGAUGAGCGUGAGGAUCCGUGUCGCGCCCCCGCGCCACCGCCUUAUCGCCCCAAACGAUUGCACAAAAACACCCUCAACUACUACUACAACAUCGAGAAUUUGAAGAAUGUCCAGAACAUCUCUCUAGACAUCAUCUCGACCAUUUUGACGACUCGCCCAAAUGAGGAAAACCUCCUGCCUUACUUUAACAAAAAUAUUUUGGCAUUAAAUGUGUCGUACGAUUUGUACAUUAAAAAGUUCCUUCAGGAAGAAUUCUUUCAACUGUUCCUUCAAAGCAAUCGGAUUUUUUUAGAUAGCCUAAUGAAAUAUUCUUAUCUGUUGGAAUACUUUUGUUGUUUGCGCAGUUUAGUAUUCCUCGAAAUAGCUGAUUUUAUUUCUCCUUUUUUUGAGUUCAUUUUUAAGGAGGUAUCUAUUCCGCUUAUCGAUGAGAGAAACAUGAACACGACGUUUAGGCAGUGCGUUGUGCAAAAUGUGAAUAGACCUACGCCUAACGUGGACGGAUCCAAUUCCUGUGCAUCCUUUUUGCACAAGCGGUUUGUGUUGCUCCAUAUGAAUAUUCUGAUGCAGAAGAAUUCCCACUGUACGAAAGAGAAAAGGAAAAAAAUGUGCGAAACGAGACAAGGGGACGACCCCACGGAUGCAGAGCGAAAUUAUGUGCACUUCCCAAACGGUGAAAUGCACACUGGGGAAGAAAAACGCCAAGUCGAGAUUAGCGAUGAGAAUAGAGGAGUCCCCAACAACUUUGAGCCAUACCCCUGGAAUUGCACCCAUACAGGGGACUCUCCACCAAUGAUAAAAAUACCAGCCCAAUCUGCAAAAAACGGAACAGCGGAGAGCUACACCGAUGGCAAAGGACAAAGGAAUGCCAAGGACGAAGAAGUACAGCAGAGAAGGGAAUCCUCCAUCUGUCAACAGUUGACAAAAAACUUUUACAAAGAAGAAAUUAUAACGAGUAUCUUGAAGAGAUUCUACUUUACCUUAAGGGAAAACAAAAUGUAUAACAACAAUAUCCGUGUGAUAAGCUACAGAAAUUUGCUAAUAGAGACAAGGGGAAGUGGGUCAUCUUUUGUAAAUUUUUUAUUUGAUUCGAAAUGUUUGCAGAAAUACUCCACGAUAUUUUCCUACUUUAAAAAAUCUUUGCAUGUACUAAAUUUAGUGCACAUAUUUUAUAAGUACCUCAGGACAAAAAAAUCAGAACAGUAUGAAUGUGUAGACGUAAUUAUCACCUCUUUGUGUGUUUUAAAAUAUAAAAUAUUUUUCUUCCUGAAUACCUUGUAUACCUACUAUCAGUGGAUAUUGAGCUUUUCGUGGAAUCAGUUCAUCUCCUCUUUGUUAAAAUCAAAGUCGUUGUAUCAGAUAAAACAUAGUCACCAGCUGUACUUAACUUUUUUAAUCGAAACAAUGUUAGUACCUAUACGUACGAGACAUGACGAGCUUCACAAUUUUUACAUAAAUGCUGAACACAGAAAAAAUGUCCUGCUUCAGGAAUAUGAAAGAAAAAAGAUUGUUUUUAAUUCUCCUAGGAAUAAGAACGACCAGGGGGAGGUGGAAACUGAUUCGUAUAAUCUGUGGGGUAGCUCCACCGUUGCUUUAGAACAUAGAAGUAAUUGCGAUUCUGGAGGGCGGUUCAACCAAGUGACUUAUGAUGCGGACAAGUACAGACUUGAAAAGAAACGAAGCGAUGGAGCAGAUGGUACAGCAUGGGAUAACACUACCUCCAGUUCCCUUAAUAAGGAGUUCCUGUUGAAUGAAUUAUUUUCCAAUAACCUUCUUAACCUGUUAUCCAUUCCUUCCCAAAUUUACGAUAUCCUUCUAAAGCUGAGCAAACUCUUCAAUGUCAGCUUUGACCUAAACUUUGACAAUUCGUACGACAUGACUUUUCAGAGCGAGCAGGAGAUGGAAGAUGAGGAACAGGAUGAAGAGGACAACCCUGAUGAGGACGACGAAGAAGAAAUAAUGAACGUAAAAAAUGGAAUCCUAAACAGGGCCAAAAAUACUGUAGCAGAAGGGGGCAAGAAAACGUAUCCUAAAAACGGACAUGCAAAAAGUGAUGGGAAGAACCCCACAGACAGAGGGCACAUUUUAUUUUCCAUAAACAGUUACAUAAAAUCUCUUGCAAACAUUUUCGAUAUUCACUACUUGGAGUUUGUAAUGAAAUUAAAUAUUAUUUCUUUGAAUGUGGACCAAAAUAGCUUCUUUGGCCCCAAUAGGGAUUCCAGACUGUUUAACCACAUUUUGAGGUUAGACAAGAGCAUCCUGAAAAAGGUAACCAUUUUACAGUGUAUGUUGUCUUUCCACUCUUUUAGCGCUGACCCUGUGGAUGUCGCAUAUAGUCAGCUACGGUAG